GGGAUGCACUCACAGCAGCUUUUGGAGCAGAAGCGACAAAUGAAACCCAAAAGAAAACCCACUUAAAUAAUUUAUUUUUGGGCUACCUGGUGUUUUCCUGGGAUUUUACGCACCGCUCCGGAGUGGAGAAACGCUGCAGAGAUGAGCGAUGCGUGGUUUUACAUGCUCCUGAAGGGUCCCCUCUCCUGAUAAAGGGACCAAACAAGGCUGUCCAUGAUAUUUCCCCAAAGAAGAUUGCAAAGGUGGAGCGAUUAGAGAAGGGCUGAUGACGGGACUAUUAAUCCUUUCAGUGCAUCAAAAGCACCAACGGGAAUUAGAAACGCUUGGAUGGAAAUCGGGCGAGUGUUUAGAACUGUUUUUGGUUUUAUAUGAAACUGGUGAUUAGUUCAUCUGCAAGGAUUUUUUUUUUCCCACGGAAGAUUUUAUUAAGGAGUACAUUUGUUUUUUAUUUCACCGAAAGGUUGUUUGGUAUGAGCGGUUUCCCGGAGUGAAUUUUCAGAAACUCUCUCAAUCUCUCUUUUUUUCUCUUCAAGUAUUCCUGAAUCUAAAUGGAAUUAGUUGAGUCUGAAGCCGCUUGUGAAAGGAACAGACAUGGUACAUGGGCACAGCUUCCAUCACGUUGUUGCAAGUCUUCUCAUACUUGGGUUGUCUGGAGCAACAAGAAAGGAUACAGCAGUGAAGAACAACUCUGGAGUGAAGCCUGCAGGUCAAUGUGGAACGUGGGUGAAGGAAUCAGAAGGAGGGAUCUUCACUUCUCCCAAUUACCCAAACAAAUACCCUCCAGACACAGAGUGUGUUUACAUCCUCGAAGCACCCCCGAGGCAGUGUAUUGAUCUACACUUUGAGGAGAAUUAUUCAAUCGAGUCCUCUUGGGAAUGUAAAUUUGACAACAUCGAGGUUCGGGAUGGACCGUUUGGCUUCUCCCCGAUACUUGGACGGUACUGCGGUCAGCACAGCCCGCCUGAUAUCAGGAGUAGCGGCCGAUAUCUGUGGAUAAAAUUUGUAACAGAUGGUGAACUGGAAGCGGUGGGAUUUUCAGCAAGUUACAACUUCACAGCAGAGACUCUUGCUCCCGAUGACUAA